ACUCUGAAUGAAAGAGCUACUGAAGCGUCAGGCUGCGUGCUGCGCCUCGCUCUGACACUAAGAGGGAAGUGGACUUGAGUCACUCUCUGCCACACCAGGAGUGCCUGUGGGGAGGCUGAGGUCAGAAGAUCGGAGAGGUCAUCCAAGCAGCGGUUGAUGAGGAGGGGCAGGGAGAGGCAGUUUUCUGUGCUCUUGAAUGUUUCAUAGCUCUCCAACAUCCUGCUGCUGGAUGAUGGAGAUGUGCAUUUAGCAGGAGGAGCACCAGUGUGGGACUGGAGGGACUGCGGACAGCGUCAGAAUGGAGUACUGGUCUACAUGAAUGUGACCCCACAAUCUGCAGGGACCCCCGAUAAAAGAGAGGAGUAGCAGCCUGGUGGAUUCCUGAGCCUGUUAUAAUCUGGUGGCGGCAACAGAGAAGGCAUGUCGUUCCUAUGACAUGCGUGAGGGUGCAGAAGACCGAGCGGGGCCAGUGAAGUGAAAGGAGGAGAGAAGGGGGGAAUUGAAUCAGUAAUGUCGUCCAAUGAGCUGAGUGUGGAGAUGGACUCCUGCAUCAGGACUUUCAAGGAGCACAUGCACCUGGAGCUGGAGCCCCCCAAAAUCCCGGGUGUGGUGGGAGGGAAACGAGGUGCCACGUCUCCCAAACUUUCCCCCCGCAGCUCGCCGAGACUCUUCCGCAAGCUGAUGGUCAAUAAGAGCAUCCGACAGAGGCGGCGCUUCACCGUGGCUCACACAUGUUUUGAUGUGGAGAAUGGCCCGUCCGCCAGCUGCAGUCCCCUGGACCCCCAGGCCUCUCCAGGAUCCGGUCUGGUCCUCCACACCAACUUCCCGGGUCACAACCAGCGGAGAGAGUCCUUUUUGUACCGCUCUGACAGCGACUAUGAUCUGUCACCCAAGUCCAUGUCGAGGAAUUCCUCCAUCGCCUCUGAACUACAUGGCGAUGACCUGAUUGUAACACCUUUUGCUCAGGUUCUGGCGAGCCUUCGAAGUGUCAGGAAUAACUUUACAGUGCUGACCAACGUCCAGUGUGCGUCCAGCAAGAGAUCUCCGGCCGCUGUAACUCAGCCUCCCAUCACCAGAGUUUGUCUGCCAGAUGAUGCCUACCAGAAACUGGCCACCGAGACCAUGGAGGAACUGGACUGGUGUCUGGACCAGCUGGAGACCAUCCAGACCUAUCGAUCGGUCAGCGACAUGGCGUCCAACAAGUUCAAGAGAAUGUUGAAUCGGGAGUUGACGCAUCUUUCCGAGAUGAGUCGGUCUGGGAACCAGGUUUCCGAAUUCAUCUCCAACACCUUCCUGGACAAACAGAACGAGGUGGAAAUCCCGUCCCCAACAUCCAAAACGCGGGAAAAGAAGAAGCAACAGAAGCAGCAGCUGAUGACGCAGAUUAGCGGAGUCAAGAAGGUAUCUCACGGACCGUCGCUGUCCAGCAGCAGCAUCUCGCGCUUCGGUGUCAAGACAGACAAAGAGGAGCUGCUGUCCAAAGAGCUGGAGGACCUGAACAAGUGGGGCCUGAACAUCUUCACCGUGUCGGAGUACUCCAACAACAGACCGCUCACGUGCAUCAUGUACGCCAUCUUUCAGGAGCGAGAUUUGUUAAAAACAUUUAAGAUCCCAGUGGACACUUUUGUUGCCUACAUGAUGACUCUGGAGGACCACUACCAUUCAGACGUGGCCUACCACAACAGUCUUCACGCUGCAGAUGUCGCACAGUCCACCCACAUCCUCCUCUCGACGCCAGCCCUCGACGCUGUGUUCACUGAUCUGGAGAUCCUAGCAGCCAUCUUUGCUGCUGCUAUCCAUGACGUCGACCAUCCUGGAGUAUCGAACCAAUUCCUCAUCAAUACCAACUCAGAGCUGGCGCUGAUGUACAACGAUGAGUCUGUGCUGGAAAACCAUCACCUAGCUGUGGGGUUCAAGCUGCUCCAGGAGGAGAGCUGCGACAUUUUCCAAAACCUGACCAAGAAGCAGCGGCAGUCUCUGCGCAAGAUGGUCAUCGACAUGGUUCUGGCCACCGACAUGUCAAAACACAUGAGUUUGUUGGCUGAUCUGAAGACAAUGGUGGAAACCAAGAAGGUGACCAGCUCUGGAGUUCUGCUGCUGGAUAACUACACUGACAGAAUACAGGUGCUGCGGAACAUGGUGCACUGCGCUGACCUGAGCAACCCCACCAAGUCCUUAGAGUUGUAUCGCCAGUGGACCGACCGGAUCAUGGAGGAGUUCUUUCACCAGGGCGACCGAGAGAGGGAGCGGGGGAUGGAGAUCAGCCCCAUGUGUGACAAACACACGGCAUCAGUGGAGAAGAGCCAGGUGGGCUUCAUUGACUACAUCGUGCACCCUCUGUGGGAGACCUGGGCGGAUUUGGUCCACCCAGAUGCCCAAGACAUACUGGACACGUUGGAGGACAAUAGGAACUGGUACCAGAGCAUGAUCCCCCAAAGCCCUUCGCCGCCCUUCUACGAUCAAGGCUCACAUGGACAUGGCGGUGGCACAGGAGGUCAGGGAGGAGGGGAGAAGUUUCAGUUCGAGCUAACCUUAGAGGAGGAGGACCUGGAUGGGAUAGAGAAAGACGGGGAAGAGGAGGCGAUAGAGGAAGAAGAAGAGAGUCUGGGAGACUCUCACUCUCCUCCCCCGGGUUAUUUGGACGGUCAGGACAAUGUGGAUGGCAUGACGGAGCCCACGAUAGAGAUCCUGACACAUGAGGCGUCACCGAGGGACACAUAAGGUUUCCACAUGGUGAUCUGAGAGGUUAUUUGGAAACCAAGAGGGAGACUCCUCUUGCAGUUGUGCUUUUUUAAACAAGCCGACAGGAGCUUGUCUUUUGGCCCGCACGCGGGGCAUCUUGCACUUGGGUGUUUGAAGCCAGAGACGGACGGACAGUUUGAGCGAGGUGGCUUCAGAGUUCUCAGGAAAUCAUUACUGCGAACAUUUUCGUCAUGAUGGAUCGGCGAGACUUAAGGUGGCGUUUGAAGGAUUUUGGCCAGUUUGGGAUUUUUUUUUGUUUUCUGUUCUGGACUCGUAUAAAUGGACAUCGACACUACUGAGAGAAGUUUUGUACCGAAAAGACUUUUUUUUAAUGAUCUAGAAGUAGUAGCAUAGCGUUAAGUUCUACUGAUGGAGACACGUUUGUAAGAGUUCAUUCUGUUCCUGUACCAUUGUCAAAAGACUUUUGUGUGCCUUUUUUACUAAUGUCUUUAUAUAGUUUUUUAUUUAUUGAACACUCUAGUUUGUCUGUGAAAUGUUCUUUUUCUUAUCAAAGAAAGUUUUAUAUGUUAUUAAGAGGACAGUCUUCCAUGUAUUGGGCAAUAGAGAAAUCCAAACAAACAUACAUAAUAACUCCUGGGUAGAGACUCAUUACACACAUUUGAUCUUUCAGCACAGAGCUACACAGGUUUAAUGUGGGUUACUUUUGAUGGCAGGCUGCAGGUUUCACAUUCACUUAUUCAAGUACAUCUUCUGAAAGCUACGUUCACAUUAGCUGAAGCGACGUCUUGCGUUCACAGUCAAAUCAACUUUAGCUUGCAUAUUUACAUUCCAACACGGUGUGAAUUUUACAUUCCAACUGUGAAAAGUAAGUCUGUAUGACAUUCUAACAACUGCAAGACCGAACAUCCAUGGACAUUCAGUCUUGCAAUUAUGUCCAGAAAUGGUUAAAAUGUCAUUCCAACAAACUCCUCUUCCUGUUUAUCUCUUUCUGGAGAUAAUGGUGGUAGCUGUAGCCUCAAAACUUGCCUACUUUCCCCAAAGGCAUCCAGGGCUAUCUUAGCCCUUAUGGCAGCAAAUACACAAUAAUGACCAGCGAUUGAACGUUCAUAACAUCAUCAAUAGAGCAAUAAAGAUGAUCUCCUGCUAGCUAGCAACUGUCAUAAUUCGACACUUUCAUGUUACAUAACAUGGACAAGAGAAAACAUUUUAAAAUAUAUUUGUGUGUACAAAGAAGCCUAAAGUGACUUGGGUAAGACACCAUGCUGUAACACUCACACUUGCAAUAUGCUUGGUAGCAGGCGAGAUACCAUAAGGACUGAAAUGAGAACUGAAUUUAGCUUUAAAAAGCCAAAUAGACAAAGGUAAAAUGUUUAUAAGAUCUAGACAUGGUUCCAGCUGUAGCUACCAGCCUGUAAAGGCUGGCUUCAUCGCUCGUUGCUAAGUCAUUACAGUGCCACAAACCAUGAUGGUACUCAUCCCAUCUCCCAUUAGAAUUUAAAAACUCAAGUUGAUGUGAACAUAGCUUUUUUUCUUCCAUCCCAAAUGAAAUCGAUUGGGCUGUGAGCCAUUUAUACUAAACCAGUGACUUCUUUCUUCACCUAGAAUUUGUAAAAUCCUCCGACAGAGCAGAAAUAUCCAACUGCGGCGAUUCUAUUUUUAGCUUCCAGUCCAAAAUAAUCCUGUUAGUUGGAGCCGGACCUGACCUGGGCCGGUCUGAUACGCUGCCCCCCUCCCGUCCCCCUGGCCCCGUUGCAAUCAGACCCAGAUCCGCUGAUUAAAGGUGCCCUGGCUGCUGCCGGAGUGCGGGGGGCUGUGAGACCCUCAUCAGUGGGACUAUUCACAUGGUUUGCAAACCCCUCAGGCUCCAUGGACACGACCCCAAAACAAUCAGGCCAGCUAUUUCUUCUACGCCACAAAAAAUCUCUGGAGUGCUGCUUCUCUGUGCUGACGUCAGUACCCCCCCACCCCCACCCCCACCCCUCCCGCUGCAUCAGGUUUUCAGGACGGCAACUCAAAUUAGGGGAUGAUAAGCACUUUUUCGUCUGUUUACUGAAAUGCUCAUAAGGUACUCCGGCACGAUCCACCUCUGUGGAUGCACAGUACGGAUAGAAAGUGUGAACGGCUGCCAUCAGGCCUUACCCCACCAUCCCACCAUCCCACCCCCCACUCCCUCGUCUCUAACGUUUGUUGCUAGGAGCUCAAGUUUGUCCUUUUUGCUGUUUAUAACAGUGUGUAUUUAUUCUCUAUUUUAGGCAUGUACAUACAAAAUACUGGUUCAGUGUAAAAGAAAAACAAUCUAUUUUAAUUUAUAUGCACUUGCAUUACCUGGAAGUGGUGGUGUGUACGUGUAGAAGACUCUGGAUUAGAGUCUUUUUUUAUAUGAUAUGUAUUAUAUAUUGUUACACAAUAUAACGUGUUUAUAAUCGCACAAUAUUUUCAAUAAGCAGAGCAGAAGCUAAAGAAAACGGCUGCUGUCACAUGAGAACCUGGGAUCCACUGGUUAGCAAAAUGAACGCAACUGGAAGUGAACUCAACCCUUUCCACACUAACUAACGCUAACUGAUUUAAUGGCUUUUUUGUGUCAUCGACCGGUGAAAGCUGGAUUCAAAGUGCUACUAAAAUGGCAACCCUUUUAAUGCAAUGGAGUGAGCUAUCAUCAAAGUCGAAACUUUUGGUUACACAACAGUACAAAACAGUGUGAACGGCCGUAUUAAUGAUUUAUGGCAUUCAGAAAUGAUAAUGUUUGAUAAUGUCUGUCACACUGGAGUAUUGAGUAUAGUCACACUGGACUGUUCUAGCAAGGCUGUCGCGAAACUCCAUUGUAUGAAGCAAUCCUAGCUCAAAGUCAGAAUACCAACUUGUUUGAAAGUAGCAACUUCUAAAAGAAAUUUUUUUUCAAAUAAAAUGAAGAUCGCGAUGCAAAGUUUAUCCAUAUUGUCAUCCAGCUAAUCUUCAAACUAAACUAAUAAAACUGAGAGUGAAUACUUUUAUGUCAUCAUGGAAAAGUGCACUUUAUAUAUUCCAAAAAUAUGGACUAGAUUUCACAGCCACAGUUGAAAAUAUGAAGCUACUCGCUUGAUUAAUGCUCACUUAUUUGGGAAUGAAAUGAUGCACCGAUGAAAAAUGUCCUCACAAUAACCAGUGCGGUUAAACUGUAUUUCUUUAAACGUGGUAGAGCAUCCUGGGUUGUCAUCUGACAGCAGCACGUUGGUGAGCCAGGGGCAACAUAGAGAACAUGUUAAACUGCACCAGCCUGGAUGCACAAAUGCUAGCAAGGGACCGUAGCUGACGCCGAGUGUGGACUCCCACUAGCAGCUCCCUCCGACACGAGGCACACUCAUGUCCGGUAAUGGAGAUUGCCGAGGCCGGUUACGGGUUCCUCCUCCAACUAUGGACUAUGUCCUUUUAUCACACUUGGUGUAAAAGUAGACAAACACACACAGGCGCUGUCGUUGGCAUGCUCCGACACGUCUGCACGAAUCGAUCUGAGUGAAGACCACCACAUCUUCUGUAACUGAUUGUGCUGAUGUGUGACACUAUUCUGACCAAACUUGUCAACGGUUUUGAAAUUCAAAUUUGUCAGUAUUAACAUUGUUGAUCUAUGUUCAAGCUUUCUAUUGGUCCUAGUUGUGUCCAACUUGGUUUAGCACCGAUUUAGCACUAUCUGCAUGAGAGAUGGGUUUAUUUUUGUUGUCGAUAGUACGUUCAAGUCCACCAAGUUGUUGCUGGUGGGAUAUUCAAUGUUUCACACAAUGUAUGGUAUUAUAUUGUAUAUUGUGUUCCAAAUUCAAUCUGAAAUACUUUUCUAUGAAGUGAUUAAAGGCAAAGCAUGACUAGG